AUGCGACUUCGAGGACGAGAGUCCAGAGCGAUCCUCCGGCGAAAGAUGACCCGGUUGCCUACCUUGCUUGUCACCCAGAGGUCGCCCCGGAAGAAGUCAAGGAAGAAGCCGAGCCGACCGUACGCUCCGCCAGAAAAGUAUGAACAUUUGCAUAUGCUGCCAGACUACUUGGAGCGGGGACUUGAUGUUGUCUUCUGCGGUAUCAACCCCGGAUAUACCUCUGCGGAGAAUGGCCAUCAUUAUGCACAUUCGACUAAUCACUUUUGGUUGGGUCUUUACGAAUCUGGAUUAACAGACGUCCUGCUGUCACCUGAUGAGGAUUAUACACUGCCUGACAAGUACAACUUCGGCUUGACCAAUCUGGUCGACAGACCGACAGCCGAGCAAUCCGAGCUCGCGGCAGACGAGAUGCGCCAAGGUGUACCUGCGUUGAUGAACAAGCUCGCAAAGUACCGCCCGCGGAUCAUCUGCUUCCUCUCGAAAGGAAUAUGGGAAGUCUUCUUGCGCGAGGCAUACCGCCUUGCUUCGCUAUCUUCAAAAGAGACUUUGCCCUCUCUGAGCCCCUCGAGCCAGAGUCCGCCGUCCAGUCAGUCAACACCGUCGAGACGUGCCUCGCCUCUCAAGUCCAGGUUCUUCGACAGCACGACCCACUCUCGGGACGACGGCUCACCAGAGGCGAUAGAUGCUUCGCCUACACCGCGAAAGCGAAGCAAGACCAAGGUGCCGAAACACUCGUUCAACUGGGGCAUGCAGCCGUUCAAAGUCAUGCACCGCCAACCUGGAUCAUUUUCGUCGUCUAUAGACCAGACCUGGUUUUUCGUCGUCCCGAGCCCGUCUGCUCGUGUUGUCGCCUACCAGUGGUGGGACAAGGUCGAGUUUUUCAAGAAGCUACGCGAAUUCACUAGCGAAGUGAAAAAUGGCCGAGUCGAUGCUUCUGAGCAUCACGUCUUACCGCUCACUACAACUAAAUCAAUAUAUUUUAUGAAUAUGUGA